AUGAGUGAUUUGUGUCCAGUGUAUGCUCCAUUCUUUGGUGCCAUCGGUUGUGCUGCAGCCAUUAUUUUCACCUCUUUCGGUGCUGCUUACGGUACUGCCAAGUCAGGUGUCGGUAUUUGUGCGACAUGUGUCUUGAGACCAGAUCUAUUGUUCAAGAAUAUUGUUCCGGUUAUUAUGGCUGGUAUCAUUGCCAUUUACGGUUUAGUUGUUUCUGUUUUGGUGUGUUACUCUUUGGGCCAAAAGCAAGCUUUAUACACUGGGUUCAUCCAAUUAGGUGCUGGUUUGUCUGUUGGGUUAAGUGGUCUAGCUGCUGGUUUCGCCAUUGGUAUUGUUGGUGAUGCAGGUGUUAGAGGUACUGCUCAACAACCAAGAUUAUUCGUUGGUAUGAUUUUGAUCUUGAUUUUCGCUGAAGUUUUGGGUUUGUACGGUUUGAUUGUUGCCCUAUUGUUGAACUCUAGAGCUACUCAAGAUGUCGUUUGUUAA